AUUUAGUUCGUUUUUUUCCAUUCAACCAGUUGGGUUGUUCGCUGUUUGUGAUAGAAUAGAUAAUAAAAAUUUUCCACAACAUAAAAGUCAAGAUGGCUGCAUUUUUGAAGGCUUCCAGAUUAAUGGGCACACUUGGUCAGACCCGUUUCUUUAGCUCAAAAAUCAAUGAUGUGGUAAUUGUAUCCGCUGCCCGUACUCCCAUGGGCAGUUUUCAAUCACAAUUGGCUCCCCUUUCCGCCACGCAAUUGGGUGCUGUGGCUAUUGAAGCAGCUGUUCAAAGAGCCGGCAUUAGCAAGGAAGAUGUCCAAGAAGUUUAUAUGGGUAAUGUAGUGUCAGCCGGUUUGGGUCAAGCCCCAGCUAGACAAGCUGCCAUUUUCGCCGGUUUACCUAAGAAUGUCUGUUGCACAACCAUCAAUAAGGUGUGUUCAUCAGGCAUGAAAGCCGUCAUGAUCGCCAGUCAAUCUUUGAUGUUAGGUCAAGCUGAUAUUGCCGUGGCCGGUGGCAUGGAAUCCAUGUCCAAUGUCCCAUAUUACUUGAAACGUGGUCAAACUCCCUAUGGUGGUGUUAACCUCAUUGAUGGUAUAGUUUUCGAUGGCUUGUGGGAUGUUUACAACAAAUUCCACAUGGGCAACUGUGCUGAAAACACCGCCAAGAAAAUGGGCAUCACUCGUCAAGAUCAAGAUGAUUUCGCCAUUAACUCCUACAAACGUUCAGCUGAUGCCUGGGCCAAUAAGGUGUUUGAGGCUGAAAUUGCCCCGGUAACCAUUCAACAAAAGCGUAAGGCCGACGUUAUUGUUGCCGAAGAUGAAGAAUACAAACGUGUCAAUUUCGACAAGUUCGGCAAAUUAUCGACUGUUUUCCAAAAAGAAAAUGGCACCGUUACCGCUGGUAAUGCCUCCACCUUAAACGAUGGCGGUUCUGCCUUAGUUUUGAUGACCGCAGACAAAGCUGCCCAAAUGAACUUGAAGCCUUUAGCUCGUGUUGUUGCCUUCCAAGAUGCCGAAACUGAUCCGAUUGAUUUUCCCAUUGCUCCCGCUUUUGCUAUACCCAAAUUGUUGGAAAAAGCUGGCAUCAAGAAGGAAGAUGUUGCUAUGUGGGAAAUUAAUGAAGCCUUCUCUUUGGUCGUGGUGGCCAACAUGCGUAAAUUGGAUGUUGAUCCCAGCAAAGUAAAUGUACACGGUGGCGCUGUUUCCCUAGGUCAUCCCAUUGGCAUGUCUGGUGCUCGUUUGAUUACCCAUUUGUCUCAUGCCCUUAAGUCCGGUGAAUACGGUUGUGCCUCCAUUUGCAAUGGUGGUGGUGGUGCCUCAUCAAUUUUGGUACAAAAAUUGUAAAUUUUUUAAAAAAAAAAGUAAUCAGGCGUUAGAUGACUUUGUAAAAGUGCCUAUAAACCAGUCUUGCAUUUAAAGUGUUUAUAUUUUAUAUAAAAUUUAUUAAUAAUUAUGUAAUCUUCUACUAUGUUGAUCGUAUGAUGUUUUACUGUUCUAUAUAUUUUAUUUAAUACAAUGUAUUUAAAUAAAUUUAAGCAUAAAGAUCUAAAAA